AUGAAUUUACAAAGAAAUGAGUAUGUUCUUGGAAUUGAUCUCGGUACUACGAAUACUUGUGCUGCAAUUAUGACUUCCAGAACUCCAGACCCGAUAGUUAUAUCAUAUUCUGACAGUAGUCGUCUUUUAAAAUCAUGUGUUAAAUACAGUAAACCAUUUGAUGUUGGUUCAGCUGCCUAUAAACAUCUUACUUACGGUUUACCUGGGGUUGUAAAGAAUUCGAAAAGAAUAAUCGGAAGGUAUUAUAAAGAUGAAGUUGUGCAGAAAUGUGUAAAGGAUCAUCUAUGUGGAGCAGAAAUAAAAGAAGUAAAAGGAAAACCAGUUUUCGUGAUUGAUGAUACAACUCUUGUUUCUCCUAGUGAUGUAUCUUCAGCAAUAAUAAGACGAGUUGUUGAAAAGGCUGAUGAAUUUGUAAAGAGAGCAUAUGGUGAUGAAAUGAAAUGUUUAAAAAUAGCAGUGACAUUUCCUGCACAUUUUGAUAAUAAUCAACGUACUGCUACUCUAUUGGCUGUAGAAAAAGCGGGAAUUUCAAAAGAAAGACUGACAAUGUUAAAUGAGCCUUCUGCAGCUGCUUUCUAUUAUUGUAAAUCGAACAAAAUCGAUAAUCAAACGAUUCUUGUAUAUGAUUUAGGAGGUGGAACUUUCGAUGUAUCGAUAGUAAGAGUUGAAGGAAAUGAUUAUAAAGUAUUGAAAUAUGCCGGUAAUUCAUUUUUGGGAGGUGCUGAUAUUGACUCUUUAUUUGCUAAAAUAAUCGAAACGAAAUAUAAAGAAGAAUAUGAUGUGCCCUUAAUCGAUACAAAUAAUGAAAGAAUUCGUCGUCGUUAUUAUUUACGACUAAAUGCAAUCGCAGAACAAACAAAAAUCCAAUUAUCAAACUUUGAAACUGUUGAUGCUGAUUUGAGUGUAUUUGAAAUACAAAACAAAAAUGAUUCUGAAGAAGAAGAAGAAGAAGAAGAAGAAGAAGAAAUCAUGUUAGACGUAACUCGUGAAGAAUUGAAUAACUGUAUUAAAGAACUAGUUAAUCAAACAAUAGAUACAGUUGAAAAAUGUGUAAAAGAUUGCAAUAUGAAUGUUUCUGAUAUUGAUCGAGUCGUAAUGAUUGGAGGAUCGAGUCGACUAACAAUGGUAAGAGAUCGUUUAAGAAAACUAUUUGGAGACGAAAAAUUGAGUGGAGCUGUAAAUCCUGAUGAAGCUGUUGCUUGUGGAGCUUGUCUAAGUCUUGUUGAAAAACUACAUUUAACAGAUCGAAUUGUAUACAGUUUGGGUCAGAAAUUGAGAGGUGGACUAGUUCAAUGUCUAAUUCCUCGUCAGACAGCUAUUAAAUUCACUAGUAAAGAAAUUUCGACCCAUCCUGCUGGUGAUUUCACACGUUAUAUAAGGUGUGCAAUUUAUCAAGGAAAUGCAGACAAAGAAGGAGAUACUAGUGAAACCACAGAUCAGUGUGUAUUGAUAGAAGAAUAUAAACUAGAAGGAUACGAUUAUGCACCAGCAUCAGAAAUAACGUUCCUCACAACCUUUACAAUUGACGAGUGGGGAAUUAUUCAUGUAAUUGACAAAUACAAAGAAAAGAACAAAGUGUUAGUAGAUAAAAUGUUCCGUUGGGAAGAACCAAUAGAAACCAAUUGUAAUACUAACCAAGUAAUUCUUCAACGGGUUUUGAAGUAA